CCAUGGCGCGCCGAAUCUGCCGAAGACCACCGAUGGUCCCCAUACCAUGACCAUUGUCUAGUCAGCCUUCCCUUGCACAAAUUGCCCUUGACUUCAGGUGGAGUAGUCCUUGGCCGACGACCAUAUGCCCGCCGUUCCGUGUAGCACUUUCGCUGUCCACGCCCGUGGCAGGCUCCAGCAGUGCUUCGUCAUCUGUUGCACGGCUCUGACCAACAAGCCCCUUGUUCAGGGCAAUAUAGGAGCCAUGUAUCGCAUCGUACAGCUGAAGACCGAUGCGAGUGCACAUGGGUCUCAUCGGACCUCGCCACCUCAAAAAGAUUUGUUGAAGUCUGACAUGUCCACCUGCGAGCGAGCCUGUCACUGACAGUGAUUUUUCAGGCACUGAGACAUGGUCUUUGUGGCGGCCAACGCAAAGAAAAAGCUGUGGUCGCAAAGACGGAGGGCUACGACUGCCUGCAUAUUCUACCUUGUCGGUGUACAGCUUCAGCAGACGUUGCCCUUCCACACAGUAUUUCACCUCUCCCUUUUGUACGCCACUUUACGCUACCUUGCUCUGUGCAACUUGCAAUGCCUCAACGUCUCACUAUCCGUUAUGCUUCUACUGGCUGCCGCCACGAGUGCUGCGCCCAAUCAGCGACCGAAUAAGGAUGUAGCUAAUUAAAUCGAAUCCGAGCCGGUAGCUCGAAAUCUCUGACAUAUAGAGCAGCUCCAUCAGAGGUCGCCUUCAAAGAAGAGGGUGUCUAAAAGCCGUAACAGCAGUAGCGUCAAGAGCAAUAGGCCCGUCACAACGGAUUCCUCACCGAGACUUCACUUCCCAAGAAUCAUGCGGGCCACCAGAGACACUCCGGCCGCGCAGUAGCGAGCACCGCAACGACCACCAAUAAGACUACCAGCGCGAGUGCCGAGGCAGUACUAAAGUUCACGAGCACUACGGCCGAACAAUCAAGCGUCACACCCGUUGUAUGCUUGAGCUUCACUAUCAGCACAACCUCAGCUCCAACUCGCAUUACGAGCUCGCAGACUUAUGCCACAACCCGGUGCUCAGUUGAGUGGUCAGAUGUGUGACUUUACGGCAGGAUCACCCCGGCGUGAGGCAACUUCUUACUGACCGAGCUUCCUU